CCCCGCGGCGUGCCCCGGCCCCUCCACACCCUCAUGCACGGCCAGGGGGUCUGCACCGACCUGGCCGACGUCGAGGCCAUCCAGGAGAGUCUCCAUCCCCCAGGCAGGUCAGGCUGGGCUCUGGAAGUGGAGCUGGAGGCGAAGCGCGCCAACAACGGCAACAAGAUGCGCAGCAGCGGGAGCCCCCACCACCGCGAGGAGACGCGGCCCAUCGCGCAGGGCUCGUGCCAGAGUGAGCUGCACCGCGCGCUGGAGAGGCUGGCGGCCUCGCAGACCCGCACCCACGAGGACCUGUACGUCAUCCCCAUCCCCAACUGCGACCGCAACGGCAACUUCCACCCCAAGCAGUGUCACCCAGCGCUGGACGGGCAGCGGGGCAAGUGCUGGUGCGUGGACCGCAAGACGGGGGUGAAGCUGCCAGGCUUCCUGGAGCUGAAGGGGGACUUGGACUGUCACCAGCUGGCGGACAGCAUGUGA